CAUAGCUACAAAACAGCCUCAAUCAGCUUCACACACCAUUUCUCCAGCUCCAAAGCACCUUUUCAAUAUCCAAUCUCCUACCAAAAGCUCAAUUGAAGCCACAUAAACCUCUCGUUACUUCAGCCUUCUUCCAUAACAACCAAACACCAACAUGGCAGCAAAAUAUUCCCGCCGCCCCUCCCACCUCAGCGAGCCCCUCUCUCCCAGCAUCAUCCCCGAGCUCUCGAUCCUCCCACAACCACUCUCCACCGAUGCGCUCCCCUGCGGCCAACUUGUCUCCCGCAGCUCCAAGCUGACCCCAUCUACUCUGCACGACCGCGACUACGACGACAUCGGCACACGCUGGUACAAAGACGUCAUCUUCUUCGACUCCAACACUGGUAACUUCGUCGAGUCCUUCGGCGGCGCACACCUCGUUGAGAAAGCUCUUGCGCCGGGCCAGGAGGCGGGCACUAUUGAGGCGGAGGAGCAGCGGGUUAGACUGCUUAAGGAUCCGGAGAGUAGUUUGAAGAAGAUCUGGACUGAGGAUGAUAGCGCGAGGAGGUGGAUCCGCGAGCAGGACGAGGCGGGGUUUGUUGUUGCGGUCAGGGCUGUGAGUAACGCUAGCUACAAGCGUGCUAGGCUUGUUGAUACGGGUUUGAAGACUUGGGAGGUUGUGAGGGAGGUCGGUGGGGAGGAUAAGAGCGGGAAGAGGAGGGAUUCUGGACUUGAUGUUAAGCCGACGAAUAGUAAGCUCGAUGUUGUUGGUGUGGUGGUUAGGAGGAUCGUUAUGGAGGGUGACGAUGUGGGACUUGGUGGUGAGUUGGGUGCCGAGUACUGGAACUGAAUGAGGGGUGCCACUUCAUCAACAGCAUCACGUUGAAAUAACGAUGGUGAUUUAGGUUGGCGUCAGGGACAUCUUCUGUAUUGCAUACUCCACUUAUAAAUAAACUCGACAACCUUCACAGGUCUUUCUCCUAC